AUCGACACAGUGCCACGUGAGCAGUGCCACGUCAGCAGUACCACGUCAGACUGCCACAUCAGUAGUGCCACGUAAGCAGCGGUGCCACGUCAGCAACAUGACGGGCCUGCCAGGCCAACUGCCCAAUGAGACCAUUCCCGCCUACAAGCAGCGUUGCCUGGCUCAGAUAGAGGCUGAGGAACAACGCCUGCUGGCAGUCGAGGCUGCCCGCGUACAGGCUGAAGAGGCAGCAGCAGCAGAGAAGCUGCGGCUACAGGCCGAUGCAGACGCAGAUGCCCAGGCUCGCCGCAAGGAAGCCCAGGAUCUGCUGCAGCGGCAUGAAGCCAACAGCAUCGACAAACUUAAGUACUGGCAUUUUAAACCGAACGGUGACGAGGCAACACUGGAAGAGAAGCACAAGGAGUUCCUCUACGAACUCGUGACGCGGUUGUUGUAUGCUUGCAACUACCAAAGCAGUGCACCCUCAASCCGCCAACUGGAGGACYGCGUUGACCACRUAGUGGCAAUGCUCGGCGACAUCAGMACCUUCGCUGCGCCGACCACCACCAUYAGCAGUCAGCUGCAUACAUUGAAGACCGAGGUCCAGAAGCUGCAGUCGACGAACGCGGACGACAAUCCGAAGAUGUACAAGAUGCCAACUUUCAACGUGGAGAGGUUCGACGACUACACGCAGCAGGAUCCUGUCCUCUGGUGGGAAGCAUUCACAGCGCAACUUAGGAUUCUGCCAGUAGCCAAGCAUGCGUCCAUCGGCGCCCUGUUCCUAAACUCAAAGGGCGGAUGCCAGACCUGGUUGAGCCACCUGGCAACCUCCCACGGCGUCGACGUACCAGACUUGAAGGACGUAAUCACAUGGGAGGAACUGACACGACUAUGGAAGAAGAGGUUCAUCGUCGACGACGCGCCAACACUCGCCAUCAACCGACUGUUCACCAUGUCACAGGGCAACACAGCAACACGGGACUGGCUCACGGAGUGGCAGAAGAUUGCGGCUGUGCCCAAUCUGAACUUACCAUUCGAGCAUCUAUGCCGUGAGUUCUACAACGGGUCUUGUGCUGCAUUGAGCCAGGCUCUUAGUGAUCGCGAGCAGUACUCAACCUUCGCGGAGAUCAUUGACAAAGUAAGGGAGAUCAUCAAAACCAACAGGUCAGCUGCACACGAGAAAUCAACAUCAUGGCAACCGACCUAUGUGGAGAAGGUACGAAGAGGUCCGCGACAGCAGCACUUCGCUGCAGUCCAGCAGGACAGUGGAGAUAACCCAGCAGCCACUCCAGCAUCAAUACCAACUCCGUUGAUGGACGCCGGAGCAGAGGUUGUCGACCUUCACGCUUUUAUCGCGAAAAUCGACCGUGAGUUCAAGACGCAACGGUACGACGACAUCGACGCACCAUUGCUAUACAUACGCAUUCAGAUCGGAGAGGCGACCUGCAAUGCCUUGAUCGAUUGCGGAGCAUCUCGCAACUACAUCAGCCAGGACUUCAUGAAACGCGCCGGCCUUGGCCCACGUGUUUGGAGGAAGUCCCAACCUACACAAGUCACUCUGGCAGACGGUCAUACGCACAAGUCCAUCGACCGGUGCAUUGACGCCGUCACAGUGUACUUUGCCCCCCACGCAAGUGAGGCGGUGUCCUUUGACAUUCUGGACACCAAAUUCGACAUGAUCUUGCGCAUGUCAUGGCUGCGAAGCAAGGAUCACCCGGUGAACUUCUUCAACCGCACCGUUCACGUUCAUGACCGGAACGGGGUAUUAGUUUCAUGCACGGUGCCUAUUCCUCAUCUUUCGAUCAACUGCCACGUGGUAUCCGCCGCAAGCAUGCGAGUUUCCAUCAUCAGAGAUGACAUUCAGGAGAUGGGGGUGUGUUUUCUCCACGCCCUCCCGCCACAUGACGCUUCAUCGACGGACUCACCUUCGGAUCCACGCAUCACUGAACUUCUCGACGCCUACAGCGACAUGUUCGAAGGCCCGCACUGAGUAGUACCGGAUCGACCCAUCCGCCACKAGAUCAUCCUCGAGGACG